GUCGUGACGCUACCAAAAUCCCUGUUAUUUUAUUAUUCCCCCUUCAUGUCGUUCCGCACCAAACCUCUUGCUUUAUCCCCAUCACUGGCUAAUGGCGAUCGCUGUAGCGAAGGAAGGAGAAGAAGAUGGGCGUGAUGCCAAGCCCCUCAUCUCUUACCCCCAAACUUGCAUUCGCCAUUGCCUUCUCCUUCUCCCUAGCCUUCUCCUCCUCUUCGCACACCCCCCUCCCCAUUCUCCCCAAAUUCCCGACUAAUCUUUCCCUGAAGUCAUUUUCCUCUCGCUCCUCCCCCUCGCCUCAUCUUUCGACUUCUUCCCAGAAUAUUGCUGCAGACCUUCUCUCUCUCUUUGGAAGCAGGAAGGAUGCCAGUCGAAUCCCCCAAGACGAGGCGCGACAGCUUAGAUCUUGCCUCCGAUUUCUCGUCCCUCCAGCUUCCGAUUCCUUGAAGAGAAGGCAGACGAUAUCGGAACAGCUUAGAAGAAGGGAGCUGGUUGAGGAGAAUAAUAUGGUCUGGUGGCCACCGACGCCGGUAAUGGAGCUCGCUCGCCUUGCCGUUGACUCCGGCGGGGAUCCUGCCACUAUCCAGCGGGCGUUGGAUCCAACAAAGCUGCUGGUUCCAGAUGUUGAGGGUUUGAAGAAGGAUAAAUGUGAACUCACAAGGACGCCAACUGGAUAUCGUUUUGCAAAUAAGGAGUUGAACUCUUACAUCGAAUUUUUAUUUGAACUGAUUGUUGAACGGGCACCCUCUGUGGGUAUGAAUGUGUCUCUCAAUCGCUAUGACUUGUUCCAUGGACAUCUUUUCCUUGCCAGUGAUUCUGGAAGGCUGGGUAUAUUGUUCCAUGCUAGAGAGUAUCCAGCAUAUGAAAAGAAAAGGUUCCCUUAUAAUUUGGGAUUUUGUCAAACAGGAUCCAACGUGAUAUAUGAUGAUUCCAUGAAUUUGAGGAACAUACUUUGGCUUGCACCAUUGCCUUCAAAUGUUACAAAAGCCUGGUUGGCCCCUGGUAUGACUUCCAACUAUGAACCAAUUACUAUAUAGUUAUUUGCUUUGUUUUCGCUUGUGAAACAG